AUGGGUAUGCAUUCCAGUAACUUUGAAGAAACGCCGAGAGGCAAUCAUUGGAUUGGUACAUCUACCUCUAGCCAUUCCAGAUAUAGAGAUUCUAUGCUAUCCUCACGUUUUCAAGGUAAUGACGACUCCAUUCUGAAUCCGGGAAGCACUAGACGUAAAAAUUUCAAUUCCAACAAUGACAUACGCCAGAAUUCAAAUGAUGAGACGAAUAUAAAUAAUAAUAAUCACAAUAAUAGCAAUGACCAUGAUAAUAACAGGAAUAGGAAUUACAAUUAUAUAAGUAAUGUACAGCCAUUAAUUUCUACAGAAGUAAUAGAGGUAUCUAAACAAAGGUCUUUGGCUAUAUUAAUAUUUUUUUUAAUUCAAUUAUACAAAGUAUACGAUUUAGUUUUGUUAAAGUCGAAUAUAGCGGUUUCAGGAGGUUUUACUUCUAACUUUGGUUUCCUUUUAAAAUAUUUGAUUAUAGAUUCAUGUUAUUUUUAUUUUUUACCAAGUUUCAAUAUACCCACAUUAACAUUCAAAACUUGGACAAUUACAUUACAAAUUAUGAGCAUCUUUAUGUUCAAUAUUUUCUUAACCAAUGAUCACGAAUGGAUAUUUUUAUCGACAAUCAUUGCUACGUGGAAAAAAUAUAAUACCAAGGAAUUGAGUGUCACUGGUGAUUCAAUUAACCAACGUAAAUUAUAUGAUUCUUCUUCCCAUUUCAAAGGUGCUCUGACAAUUAAAAUUUUACCAGAGAAUACAGCUAUGUUAAACCCACUACAAAAUUCGUACUGUUUACCUUUUGAUGAUUCUCUUUUUCAAAUUUCAACGGUAAAUGUCCCAAUUAGAAUAAAUUCUACAGCUGACAUUAAAUUUAUUCAACUUGAGCAUCGUGAUAUUUUCACUAAUGAGGUUGAAUUAAAAAAUUUGACUAAAAAAGAUUGGAAAACAGUAAAAAGCUUAGACGAUUUAACACUAAUGAAUAAAAAAAUGACUGCAGAAAAGUUUAGACAAGAAGCAGACAAGUCAAUUAAAUACCUAAACAUCCCAGUCAAGGAAUUGGGUUUGUAUCAAAUUAAGAAGAUAGUUGAUUCUAAUGAUUUUAACCUGAAAAUUUACAAUUCACAUUUAGUUGUAGCGCAAUGUCCUACAGCAAGAAUUCAAGGUGCAGGUUUAGAGAAUAGGUGUAUCGGAGACAGUGAUAAAGUAAGUAUUGAAAUUGAUGCUGUUGCUCCAUUACAAUUAAGCUAUGUUAAAAUAAUUGAUGGUGUCGAAUAUUCAUAUUUUGAUAAAAAUUUACAACCAGAAUCUUUCAAAUCACCACUUCAAAAAAGUAAAAAAGAUGUUUUAUCUAAAGCAGAUAUGGAAAAUUUGUUCUGGGCCCGCAAUCAGGAAGUCGUCAUUGAUUUUGAUACAGUCAUCAAUCAAGCAGGUAAACAUAUAUAUAAAGUUUCUUCAAUUAUUGAUGGUUUAGGAAAUGUUAUGGAUCUGAAACAAUUUUCUCCUGAUGUUCUAGAAGAAUUUGAAUAUAAUUAUGAUUUCAAUGUUCAUUCUAUUCCAAGAGCUACUUUAGAUGAAAAGGUGGACCCAAAGUCUCCUACUAAAAGAACUAUUGUAAUAAACUUCAUUAAUGAGGAACCAAAAUCACUAAAUGGAAUCUCAUCAAAACCAUAUAUGGCAAAAAUCGAAGUUACAUCUCCUGAAGGAACAAAGUCGUAUUUUAAUAUUACUUCAAGAUUUUCUAAAUAUGAAUUUGAAGCAGAGGUUCCUGGUACUUAUACUCUUCAGUCAGUUUACUCUAAUUUCUGUCCUGGUGUUGUAGCUGGUAAAACUAGUUUGAUUGUCUCACAACCAAUUGCUCCAAAGUUAACUGUUGAUGCUAAACCCAUAUUGGAUCAAUGUUUGGGACAAAUCGGAUUAGACUUUGAACUAACUUUCACAGGUCUUCCUCCUUUUAAUUUUGAAGCUAAAAUAUAUAAAUUGCAUGAAGGUACCAAAAAGUUAUUUGAAACAAAGAAAUAUGUAUCACCAAGCACCAGGUAUCAGAUUUCAUAUAAUCCGAAGGUUGAGGGUAAUUAUGAAAUUGUUUUUGAUAAUCUAUCAAACGAAGUGUUUACUGAUGCAAUCAACUUAACCCCAAUUAAAGACUACUCUUUUGAAACAACUAUGAGAGUAAAACCGGGAGCUGUUUUUCAGAAUAGAUCUGAAAAACAACUUUGUUUGAAUGAUGGUGUUGAUAUCCCUGUUAUGUUUAAAGGUGAGCCACCAUUUACAUUAAAUUAUGAUUUAAUUGAAAUCUUUUCAAACAAGAGAAAAUCGUUCAAUAUUGAAGAUAUUGACUCCUUUAACUAUAAAAUUAAAACACCAGAAUUCAAAAUGGGUGGUGAAUAUAUACUUUCUCUGAUUUCAGUGAAGGAUUUAUCAGGCUGUGUUGCUCCAUUAACAGAUGCCGACAUCAGAAUAAAGGUAAGAAGAGAUAUUCCAACGGCGUCUAUGAAUUUCUUAGAUAACAUGAAGACUUUGAAUAUUAAUGAAGGAUCAAUAGCCACUAUACCUAUAAAAUUAUCUGGCGAAUCCCCUUUCACAAUUAAGUAUGCUCAAGUCGACAAAAAUAGUGGUAUUUUGGAAUCGUUUGAAGAAAAAUUCCAUUCUAAUUAUAAUUCUGUCAUUAAAGUCAGAAAGCAAGGCUAUUAUAAAUUACUUGAGGUAAGAGACGUUAGCUGCAAAGGUAAAAUUAUAGAUUCAGAUAAAUUAUUCAGAAUUAAUUUUUUCAAGAAGCCAUCAUAUGAAGUCCUAGAGAAAUUAUCAAUUAAAACGAUUACAAAGAAAUCAUUCGUUAAAGAUCCUGUUUGUGAAGGAGCUUCAAGUUCCGUUGAUUUAGCUCUAUCAGGUUCUCCGCCAUUUACUUUAUUAUAUGAGAUUAUAUCACCAUCUGGUGUAUCUUCCGAAAAGAAAACCCAGAUAGCAACUAAAUAUGCAUCUAUCAAAGUGCCAAGUGAUCAAAAUGGGGAAUAUACUAUCAAAAUAAAAGAUAUUUUUGACAGUAAUUAUGGUGAAUCUAAUAUGAAUAUUUAUAAUCAGAAAUCAGGAGAAACCAUUAUCAAACAAUAUGUUAAUGCUAUUCCUAAAGUUAAUUUUGCCAAUGCUGGUAAAACCUUCCGAACUUGCAUUACAAAUAUUGGUCAAAAAGAUAUGCUUGCUCCAAUUAAUUUAAGAGUAUCAGAGGGUGCCGAUACCUUUAUCAUCACAUUUAAUGUGUAUCAUGAGAGCACAGGCAGAGCUGAAAAAAUAAUUAUAGAUAAUGUUACAGCAGAUGACUUCCGAUUUGAAAUGCUUUACAAAGAUUUGGGACUGGGUUCCCACGAUAUUACAAUCGAAAAAAUUGAAGACGUUAAUGGAUGUGUCAAUAUUUUAUCAGAGAGUGAAUCCAACCAUGUGUUUAUUAAAAUUACAGAUGCUCCAAAGAUUCAACUAUUAGAUCCAUCAGCAACUUAUUGUGUUGGUGAUUAUAUUUCAUACCAAUUAAGUGGAAGCUCUCCUUUUUUGAUCAGAUAUGAUUUCAAUGGUAUUCAAUUAAAGACGAAGGAACAAACAUCUCAGUUUGUUAGACUGGCAUCAGAAGCUGGCUCUAUAUCAAUUAACUCGAUUUCAGAUUCAACAUCUCAAUGUCUUGUUGAUUUUAUGUUACCAAGUAAAAAGAAAGAAGCUGAACGAUUAUCCUUAGUUAUACAUCCGUUACCUUCCGUUACAGUAUCUCAAGGUGAGUACUUAAUUGAAGAUAUUCAUGAAGGUGACCAAGCGGAAGUUAUUUUUUCCUUCGAAGGUACACCACCAUUUAGUUUGACCUUCGUGAGAACUGAAGAGAAUUUGAACACAAAUGUUAGAGGAAAACCUCAAAUUGUGGAAACCCACAAAGUAACGGAUAUUUACGAGUUUGAAUAUAGAGUAAAAACAAGUUUACAAGGUACAUAUGAGGCUAUUGAGGUAUCAGAUGCCUAUUGCAUGGCCAAGAAUGAUGCCUUCUUCCUAAGUUAA